AUGGCCAACGUCGCCGAAAAGGCGCGCUUCCACCUCGAGCGCGCGGUGCCCCAGCUGCGAGAGUUCGAGGAAAAGGAGAUCUUCUCCAAGGACGAGAUCCGCACCCUCGUCUCCAAGCGCACCGACUUCGAGCACCUCGUCCUCGGCCCCGGCUGCAAGCCCCACCACUUCCAGUCCUAUGUCGCCUGGGAGCUGUCCCUCGACAAGCUGCGCGCCAAGAGGUGCCUCCGCAAGAAGAUCAAGCACUCCACCUCCCACGCCAGCAAUGCCCGCGUCUUCAACAUCUACGAGCGCGCCGUCUUCAGGCACCCGGGGAGCCUCGACCUGUGGACCGACUACCUGGAUUAUGCCGCGCGCGUCAAGGCCACCAAGAGGUGGAGGAAGAUCAUGACCAGGGCCCUGAGGAUGCACCCCAUCAACCCCGGCCUGUGGGCCAGGGCUGGGAGGCGUGCAGCCAGCGACGGCGACAUGGAGGGCGCGCGAGGCAUGUUCAUGAGGGGCUGCCGCUUCUGCAACUCGACCGUCGACCUGUGGGUGGAGUACGCCCGCGUCGAGAUGGAGUGGCUGGCCAAGAUGGAGAAGAAGAAGGGCGGCAAGAAGGGGCUCAAGGGAGCUCGCGCCGAGGAGACAGUCGAGGACGGUGACGUCCUGCGCUUCGGAGACGACGAGUCGGACGAUGAAGAGUUUGAAGACAAGGAGAUCCUGCCCGACCCGAUGGCAGACGAGAACAACAAGAAAGCCAAGGAGGCAAGGAAGGUCUUCUCAGACGAGGCAAUCAAGAAGCUCGAGAAGAGCCCCGCCCUACAGGGCGCCAUUCCCAAGGCCGUCUUCGAUGUUGCCAGGAAACAACCUUUUUUCAGCGCACCCGCUGCCGAGGCCUUCUUCGACAUGUUCGCAACCUUUACAGCCGUCUUGGCCCAGCCUGCCAUCAUCCAGCACGUCCUGGAUGUCAUGGUCGACGAGUACCCAAGACACCCGGCCACGUGUGGCUGUGUUGUCCGGCAACCACUGGUUGGUGUCGAUGUCACGACAGUCGAGUUCCCGAGGGCGUUGCGCGAGGUUCUGGCAAGACUCAAGGCACAGACAGAGACGACCGAGGACAAGGGCAAGCUGGCAGCCAAGACAGUGGCAUGGAUCAAGCCCAUCCUCAAGAGGACUGAUCUGGACGACAAUGUCCGCACCGUACUCGAACACACCAAGCGCAAGCUUGAUAAUGCCUGA